AUGGGCAUGGAUCUGGGCCUCGUGAUCCGGCCAGAGAACCUCAGAAGACCCAGGAUUUCACCCCAGAUGAGAUUCCUGAACAGCUACAAGAUGACGUUUUGGUUCAGUAUCUCAGAUGCCGUUAUGAUGCUCGAGAUGCCCUUCUUUCCAAGAGAAAACAAGCCGAGAAAGCGAGAGUACAGCGCGAACGUGCAAGGACUGAACAAUUACGGAAAACGUAAGAGGAUACAGAAGAAAACAAGCCUGUGGUGGAUGAGUUCAAGCGUUUGCGGGCUGCUUGGAAAAUCCAUGCUCAGGCCAAUAGUAGUCAGGCACUUGAGAACUUAUCGGCCAGAGUUCAAGGAAUGAAGAAGAUAAAGCCCCAACAGUCCGAACUUUACAAACGAAGAGUCUUGUGGGAACACAACAUUCUCCAAAAGGUUAAAAAGUGGGAGAUAGAGCCCUUUCAAAACCUUGCCCUGCCACACCCUUUCAGGAAGCUGAAAAGACACCAGAAAUUGGCUCGAUGGGCUGCUUCUCGGGUCUGUCGCAAUUACUUGGAUUAAAGACCAAGAAAAAGGACCAUGGCCAAGCCAAAAAGAAUGAAGAGGCAACGCUCGACGACUCGCCUUGCAAAAAACCCGAGAGACCCAAGCCACACGAUUCUUAUGGGAUCAGCGUAAGCAAGAUUACGCUGGAGAAGAGCUCUACUUCUUCGUCGUACAUGAACUCUGGGAUCGAAAGAUAUGACUUACACAAAGUUCUAUACGACAAGGAAAACAACCCACUGAGGCGGAUGGCCAGUACUGAUAAUCCUAACACCAUACGUUACUUUCAUUUCCCGUCUAAUAAUAUGCAUUGGAUCGAGGUGUGUAUGCUCAUCCCAUAUUAACUCAAAUCUAACAUCUCUGUCAGGAAGCCAUAGGCAGAUACUAUGAUGAGGACACUCCAGGAGAAACAACUGGCGGCGCUCUAAAAGAUGUCGCGAAAAGUCCUCCAAUAUUUUGUGUCGGGAAUACUGGUCAUCACUCCAGCAGUAAGUCAGCGAAUCUUUACCCCUCAGUCACACCCUGCUUGGGUAUGAGAAGCAUUGCACAAGUUAGCCACAAUUCUCGAGGCGUAGUGAGGCAAACGAAUGUCGUUCUAGGCAUUGGAGUCAAGGUUUUCAAACCCGGACUGAUCUUUGUUUCGUGGCGGAGGUAA